UGUCUCGACGUCUCGCCUGUUAGUAUCAUUUUACUGCGCUACGCAUAGCCAGCUUUUUCACAAAGUAUUCUGUUAUAAGUGUAUUAUAUUAACGUUUAUACUGUGAAUAAUAUUAUUGAAUUAAUUAUUAAAAAUGUUUUGAAAACCGCGUUUCGUGAUAAUGCGGUGUAACGCGGAAAAAAGUCUUAUCUUUGUGUGGCUGCUGUAUGUCCAGUCGAUGAUAGUGGCGCAUCAAGUCGGGGAUACUUGUUAUCUGCCGAAUAAUUUAAGCGAAGAGAUAGACUCUUAUGCGUCGACGGUGCAGAGAAUAAUCUAUGAAAGUAUGCAGGGUUCCUUCAAAGAGACAACCUGGCAAGAUUUGGCGACGUUCGUUGAUAAAUUUGGCCCGAGGUUUACCGGCACUCAAGCUCUCGAAGAUUCUAUCGAUUAUGUAUUAAACAAAUCGAUCAGCCUAGGCCUAGAUAAUGUUCAUGGUGAAGAGGCCACCGUACCACGUUGGGUCAGAGGCUCGGAAUCUGCGACUCUUUUGCAACCACGUCGGCAAAAUCUAGCUUUAUUGGGACUGGGUUACAGUGUCGGUACUCCAGAAGAAGGUAUAACUGCUAACGCGGUUGUAGUAAAUAGCUUCGCAGACCUUAAAAGAAAGGCGGAAGAAAUUCCCGGGAAAAUUGUCGUAUAUAAUCAAAAGUUUGUCUCGUAUGGAGAGACCGUGGAAUAUAGAAGCUCGGGAGCCUCGAGAGCCGCAGAAUUUGGAGCAGUAGCCGCUUUGAUUAGAUCAGUAACGCCAUUUUCAUUGUACACCCCGCAUACUGGUAUGAUGAGUUACGUAGAGAACGUUACUAAAAUCCCAGCUGCUUGUAUAACCGUCGAAGACGCGACUCUUUUAGGAAGAAUGGCAGACCGAGGUGAAACAAUAGUGAUAAAUUUGAAAAUGAAAGCAAAAAGAUAUCCCGAUACCGUGUCGCGAAACGUUAUAGCGGAUAUCACCGGUUCUAGCACUCCCGAAAAAGCAGUCGUUGUUUCUGGACAUAUAGAUAGUUGGGAUGUUGGACAAGGCGCAUUGGAUGAUGGAGGUGGUAUUUUCAUAUCCUGGAAUGCAUUAAAGUUACUGAAACACCUUGGCCUCCAGGCACGAAGAACGAUAAGAAUGAUAAUGUGGACCGCCGAGGAACUUGGCCUUCUCGGAGCACAACAGUAUAUACAAAACCACACCACAGAGAAUGGAAAUAUGCAAUUCGUAAUGGAAUCUGAUUUUGGCACUUUUGCACCCAUGGGCCUCGAAUUUACAGGAAACGAAAUGGUCCAAUGUAUACUUCAAAGAAUAAUGCAAUUAUUAUCUCCGUUGGGUGAUAUGAAAUUGAAGAGCCCAUCCACAGCACCUGACAUACAGUUUUGGAUUAAGGCUGGUGUACCAGGUGGCGGGCUUUGGAAUCGAAAUGAAAAAUAUUUCUACUAUCACCAUACGAAUGCAGAUACCAUGCUGGCAGAAAAUCCAAAAGCUCUGGAUAUGAAUACAGCUUUAUUCGCAGCUGUAUCGUUCGUUUUAGCAGAUAUCAGCGCUGAUCUGCCUCAACACAAUUGCAGUAGCAUAUCGUGUUGAUGAUCUCGUAUUAAUCAUCUUGAUGCACAUAAUGGAUGGAUAUAUAAAUCAUCAAAAUCGUGUAUUCAUAUAUUAUUUUAUUUCAAAUAUGCCUGUAUACAAUUGCAGCAUAUAAACAAUUAGGCCCACU